AUGGAGUCUAAAACUGAAACGGAAGGAGGCGUGCCCGAAUGGGCUAUAGUGGAAUUACAGGGGUUAAUUCAAACUAAGAAGGAAUCCUUGGAAGGGCCCACAGUCGUUGGCGACUUACACUACUACAGCAGAAACCAUCACCCAGUUUUGAUACUUGGCCAUCAUGUGCUAAACGGAAAAGAAGUAAAACUGGAUCAACCAAUGGCGGUUAUUGAGAAAGUGAACGCGUCUGAUAAAACUGAAUACAAAGUGAGAGCGGUCGUCAAAAAGAAAAUCUUAUUUAAAUCAAGACCAAAACCGAUCAUAUCGAAUGUCGCAGAAAAAGUGUAA